AUGCAGCUGAUCAUCCUCUCGGCGCUGGUGGCGGCCGCAGUGGCCAGCACUGCUCCUGGCGACUACUCUAUCCCUAACUACAGCUACGGACAUAGCACCACCGACCCGCACUCUGGAAUAGACAACCACGUCCAGGAGACGCGUCUCGGACACCGCACCGAGGGCUCGUACUCGACGCUGCUUCCCGACGGCCGGAGGCAGAUCGUCACCUACUGGGUGGACGGCAACUCGGGCUACAACGCCAGGGUGACCUAUGAGGGCGUGGCGCACCAUCCGCCGGCGACGCGCGGUGGCGCUGUGCAAGGCGCAGUGGUACACGAUGCCGCUCAUGGUGCCGUUAGUGCAGGAGCAGGAGCGAUCCACGAAGGAGCGAUCCACGGAGGAGCGAUCCAUGGAGGAACGAUCCAGGGAGGAGCGAUCCAGGGCGGAGCGAUUCGCGGAGGAGCGAUCCGCGGAGCGUUUGGUGGAGUAGGACAAGGACAGCUGACUGGAGGCCCCGGAGUUGGAAACUUUGGGCACGGCGGUUAUGGAUACCAGGGGUAUGGACCCUAUGGACAGCAGGGAUAUCGGCCUUAUGGAUACCAGGGAUAUCGGUCUUAUGGAUACCAGGGAUAUCGUCCUUAUGGAUACCAGGGAUAUCGCCCUUAUGGAUACCAGGGAUAUAGACCCUAUGGUUUCCCCGAUUAUGGAUACCAGAGCUACGGUGGAAACGGAUAUCCUGGAUACGGAUAUCCCCAGCCGUAUUACGGGUAGAUGUCAUGCGCACUAGAAAAGUUACCGCUGGCUGAGGAAAGGCAAGAAUUGUAUCGCAAUUUCUUUGACUAAUCAGGGUGGCUAUUUUGACAAUUGACCUAGGAAAGGUCAGCUCUUGUAACGUAACGCUUUCACGAUUGCCUUGGAUAAGCCCAUUGUUGUAUCUGAUCGUACCAUUUUGUUAUAUUUUGUCAAGAAGUGUUGAAGGACUGACCUAAACUUUGAAAUGGUGGGUAAUAAAAUAUACUUC